GAGGUGACUUCCGCUUCAAUAUAUCAACUGUACCUCCAUAAGGAAAAACACAUUCAUGAGGAAAAACUCACACAGUCACUUCAAAUUCAGUUAAUAGUCAAUUUGUAAUAAUUUAUUGUAGCUUUAACUUUCAUUAUGAAUCCCUCCCAGGUGAGUGCAUGAAAAUUAUUAGUUAUUUUGAUAGCACAGGAUGAGUGUUAUAUUGCUGGCUGCUGAAAAAUUAGAUGGUAAGUUAUAGCAGAGUGUAACAUUGUGGCUAUGUGAAUUCAGUGUGAUUGACUGGAGUAGCCUCUGGUUAUUCCAGUUUAACCCACAAGGUGGCACUGUGAACCUUUGUUGUUAAAGUCUGUCCUCUGUUUGGCAUUUGGUAUUUUUACCCCAAACUGUUGGAAUAACAAGGAAUGAUUUUAAGAAAGAUUUUAAAUUGUAAAACAAAACAAAAACGUAGUCUUGGAUUUUAUCUUUUUAAAAUUUUGUAUAAUUACUUAAAGACAAACCUAUCAUAGUAUAUUAAGAAAUUAGCGUACAUUUAAUGUUUUAAAGCUGUUUAUCUGCUGAAUGGUAUGUGUUGUGCUAGCCACUUAGUCAUGGCAACCAGAUAAACAAACAGGUACCAUAUUUAGAAGUAUUACAUAAAACUCAUACCAUCUUCUCUACUGUACAUGUGGGUGUGUGGUAUGACCAACAAACAACCAACUCAUGAUUCCACAGAAUUGAUCAUGCCUGCCAUACUGUGUCACCUGUAAAGGAAUUUUAUAUAUUAUCAUAAAGACCACGAUGAUAAUCAUCUCAGCUGUUUGGAAUCUUGCAUUAAACAUUUCUUUUUGGUUAGUUGUAUAGUAUGCUAUGGUGUGUAACAAGGGGGUUUUCUGAGGAGGUAUCAUUUUUAAUUGUACCCCUUCUUGUCCAUCUAGUAUAAAGCUUGAGGUAGUUAGGCACUUGUUGCCCUGUCUGACCUCUGCAGGUAGCAAGGCACAGGGGCCAUGUGUGAAUAGGCCUUUAGAAAGCACUGGUGUGGUGGCAAGGCUGCUGACUCAGGCAGCUCGCAGUACGCCACCCCUGUCCUCAGCAACCACUGGCCCAGUCCGGUCUCCAUCCAGUACAGAGAGCAUGUCAGUAUCCUAGCACACAGUCAAAAAUUAAGUUGCCGAGUCUGGAGAAGCAUACUCUUUUUUGGGGGGGAAAAAUAAAGAAACGAGACAAAACCGACGCAUUUCAGAUGCAGAGUGGCAUAGAGCUUAAUGACGAACCCAGGUAAGACACGCACAACGGCCUCAUAUUCCACUUCACCAUCCCCAUACAUGCUGCUCUUUCAGCCAUGGCCAUCCCACAGUAAAACAGUUGUAGCUGUUUGCCCACCCUCACUCAGAUGUUUGGUACAGUUUAUUUGCACAGUUUAGAAGUGGAAAGGGGGCUUCAAAACGUUCUGGAUCAUGUUUGUUAGAAUACAGCUGGGCUGCCUGUGAGUGUAUGUGCAUGAUCGCCGUGCAUUGUUUCCAUGCUGGAGUAACCUGAUGACUAGGCUCUUCUGGAAUGAGCCUGGAUUUUGUGAGCCCCCAAUGGACCACCGCUGGCUUAGCUAUAUGGCUGGAUCUUUUAAAGAAUAAAAAUAUGACAGAUUUGUGAGAAUUACCACUCCUAGAAGAUUUCCUCUCACUCUACAUUGAUGUGGUUGUGAUUUUUUAAUAUCUACAAUAAGCAAAAAUGUUGUAGUUUUUUUCUUGAACCCGGCAGUGGAUUGCUGUGACCAAAUUUUGCCGUGACAUUAAUGCUUUAUUGGAAAAUGUAGGUACUUUUGGUUUCUGAGUGUUUUCAGUGCGAGUUUUCUUUGUGUUGACAUUUACUUAUGUCGAAGUAACUGUUGUGUAGAAACAUUGGGGUUAGAUAGCAUGACAGUGUCUUUUAAGAGUCAAGGAUAUUUUCUCAGGCUUUUACUUUGCAAGUCAGCAUGAUGGAAGUUUUCUCUGCACUUACUGGCUUGAUUGUAGAUGAGCACAUUUUUUCUAAUAUGUCAUUUUCAUUCCUGUUUCUAUUCCUCUAUCUGUUUUGCUUUUUGUUUUCUUAUAGGUUGUUUUAAAAGGUCUAAAAGACAGUAAUGUUAAGAACUUUUAGUAAGAAUAUUGUUAUGAAUGUAGCCUGUUGUAUAUGUUUUAUGUCGGCAUUAUUAUAAGUGUAGCUGCACUUAAAAAUGUCUGUUACUGCUGCAAAGUAUAGGUAAUAUUGAAGUACUUUAGUGGUAAAUUGUACAGUAUAUUAAUGAUGUGAACACAGACAUGUUCACUUUUCUUAAUAUUUUGUUUCUGUCUGAGUCUAUUAGUAAGAACAAUAAGGAUGGCCACACACGGGAGCAGGACAAAUCCUCUGAAAGCCUGUACAGAAUUGUUUUACCAACAUUCCAGUAUAAAAUGAGUCAGCAGCGAGUGGGAAAGUGCAUCAUCAUCAACAACAAACACUUUGACAAAAGGACAGGGAUGAAUAUACGCAAUGGCACGGAUAUAGAUGCAGGUGAGCUGUUCAAAUGCUUCAAGAGCCUGGGCUUCGAUGUCUUCCUCCACAAUGAUCAGACAUGUGAGAAGAUGGAGCGUCUUCUGACAGAAGCCUCGAAGGAAGACCACAGUGGCAGUUCCUGUUUUGCCUGUAUCCUGCUAAGCCAUGGGGAGGAGGGCACAAUCUACGGCACAGACAAAGCCAUGCCCAUCAAGACCUUGACCUCGCUGUUCAAGGGAGACGUGUGCAAAAGCUUAGUUGGAAAGCCAAAACUCUUCUUUAUCCAGGCUUGUCGGGGUUCUGACUUUGAUGAUGGUAUACAGACAGAUUCGGGUCCGCCAAACGACACUGUGGAGACAGAUGCUAAUCCAAGACACAAGAUCCCUGUAGAGGCAGAUUUUCUCUUUGCCUACUCCACUGUGCCAGGGUACUACUCAUGGAGGAACCCUGGGCGUGGCUCCUGGUUUGUGCAGGCGCUCUGCAAUGUCCUCAAGGAGCAUGGCAAGCAGCUGGAGAUAAUGCAGAUCCUGACGCGGGUCAACUACAUGGUGGCCACCGACUUUGAGUCCUGGUCUGAAGACCCACGCUAUAGUGAUAAGAAGCAGAUUCCCUGUGUGGUCUCUAUGCUGACGAAAGAGCUGUAUUUCAAUUGACCGGCAACAUCACUGACUGUAUGGUAUGACACCACAGGCUGACUGACUGACUGACUGACUGACUUGAUUGACUGUUUCAGGGACCGACUAAACGGUCGAAGCAUUCAGGGAUUUGGGUGUGUAGCUGGGCCUGAAAACCAGAACUCCGUAAAAAAAAAUUUACAGUGGAACUCCAUGUUCACGUGUUAAUGGUGAAACUUCUCACUCUUCUUCAGGGUAUUCUUUAGAAUAAUUGGUUGAUCUGAUCUUUGUCAACAGGCAUUGUGAAAUAUUCAUGUUAUUCUACCAGCCUAGAAGAUUCGCUGCCAGUUUCGUGGGUCUGGUGAAUCAUAUCUGAUUGUCUCUCUCUGUUUUCCAGCAUUUGCUGAAAGGGGCUAUACCUAAUGGACAAUGGCAGGCAAGGACAGGCAGUCGUCAGCACUAGCAGUUAUUGCAUGUAAUCAGAUUCUGAGUAACUGAUAUAAUUGACAUUUGGUUGAUUUGAGAGUAAUCUCUCCAAAAACAGACCAUAAACAUGUCUAAUGCAGUCCAAUGCUUCUGUCACUGUUACACAGCAAAAUGAACUAGAAACCAGGUGAGAUUUAUUUUUAUUUUUAAAGCCUUAUAAAUUAAUCUUUAUCUUUUAAUUUAUCUAGUAUGACUUUGUAAGGCACUACAACAAACCCUUUAUUUCCCAUAGGAGAGAUGAAGGAACUGCCUUGAUUACAAACCUGAUCUAAUCAGUUGUUAGAGGCAAAAAAAAA